UAAUUUGUGUUUUUGUAAACAAAAACUUUGUGAUCAAUUCAAUAAUUUUUUUGAGUAUUUUAGUCUAAAAUAUAUUUUAAGUUAUUUCAAUAUUCUUGUUUAAUUUAUAAUUUUAUGACAUAGUGACCUUUGGCUAUAUUGAAAAGAUUUUAUCUCGGUGAAUAUAAUCGUUUUCUUAUCGUGUUAUCUACCCUACAUAGCCAGAUCCGUUUCCUUGACCGCUCACGAUGAUAAGAGCAUUAGUUUGAAUUGAUGGUGCGUAUUAUUUAAAACGGAAUGGCUCUUUUAGCAUAUAUUAAUCCAUUCAUAGCGUAUCGCGAUUUAGUACGUCGACCAAUCGAGAGUUUUGUCAGCGAACAGUACACUAGUUACAAAAAGAAAACUAGCGAUGGUAUAACAAGUGUGAAGGAGCUUUUAUAUAGAGCUGGUGUUUUGUCAGUGUUUUUAUCGGCUAUAUUAUGGAUAUCCAUAUUUAUGUAUAUUGUCUUUUACUAUACAUAUAUGCCAAAUGUGACACACGUACGACCUGUGCAUCUUCAGUUCAAAUCCUGCGAUGAAAACAUGGGAGUGUGCUCGUUCCCCUCAGCCCAUGUCCAGUUGACCCGUCGGAAUCAAGUGUUGAUGUCGUCACAACCGUAUAAAGUACGUCUUGUUAUGGAUGUGCCAGAAACACAGAUUAAUAAGGACUUAGGUAUGUUCAUGGUGUGCGCUCAAAUGAGAGCUUCUGGUGGCGCGCUGGUGUCAUCGUCCUGUCGCUCGGCGAUGUUGAAACACAGAUCAAAAUUGCACCACGUGUUGCGUGUUCUGGCCUUCGCUCCACUAUUGUUAUCAGGUGUCAAUGAGGAGAAGCAAACGAUUCAGGUUGAGCUUUUCAGCGACUUUGAAGACGAUCAGUCACAUCCGGUGACGGACGCGUACGUUGAGCUCCAGUCGCGAUACAUCCAAGUGCUGUCUUGUGAGUUACAUAUAGAAGCUCACUUCACAGGGCUGAGAUACGUCAUGUACUACUGGCCGAAAGUAUCGGCUCUCAUUGGUAUAUCUUCAAACCUAUUUUUCGUAUCCGUAAUGUUUAUUCUGAGCUGGUAUCACUUGCAAGAUGGGUUACCAGAUUAUAUAAAGGAGAAACUUGGUAUUGAAGUAAAAAAUGAGAAACCCGAUGAGGAGAAGAAAUUCAUUGGCAAAGUGAAGUUGGAGAGAGAAGAUUCUUUCCCCUUCAUAGAAGAAGAGUCACUUCUAGAAGAAUUUCAAAAGUUGGAGAAGAAAAAGACAUAGACUGGAAAUAAAAUAAUAGAGAUAAAUAAUAAAUUACAUAUAUUGUGUGGAAAUGUUAAUAAUAUUAUGUUUUUUUUUUAUUAUUUUUGUACAGAAAAUUUUCAUAUUUUUAAGUUGAUAAAAUAAAAGAUUAUUGUUUUUUUGAUGAAAGUUUUAAAAUAAUUGUGAUAAAAUUUAAUAAUUAUUGUUAUUUGUUCCUGUGACAUAAUACAAUUUAAAUAUUUUACUUUUAAUAAUUUUUUUUUUAUUUUAUAGAAAAAAAUCUAGAACGCACCGGAUGAACAAAUAUUAGAAAUACCUUUUUUGUAACACAUUAAAAGAUGUGAAAUAAACUUUGGUUAAUUUUAAUAA